GCUCCGUCCCCGGCCCGCCGCUGGCACCCGCCCGCCCGUCUGCCAGCUGAAGGACACGCACCCCGGCGGGGCUCCGAUGGCUGCAGCAGCCCGGCGGCCCGGCCAUGCCCGCCACGUCUGAAGGCGGCCGGCGGGAGCGGCGCGUGGCCGGCGUCGACGACGGGCGGCGGCGGCGGCAGGAGGCGGCGGCGGCGGAGGCAUGGCCGCCUUGGCCAGCUCGCUGAUCCGGCAGAAGCGCGAGAUCCGCGACCCGGUGGCCAGCCGGCCCGUGUCGGCGCAGCGGAAGGUGUGCCCGCGCGGCACCAAGUCCCUCUGCCAGAAGCAGCUGCUCAUCCUCAUCUCCAAGGUCCGCCUCUGCGGGGGGCGGAAGGGGCGCCUGGAGAAGAGCCCCGAACCGCAGCUGAAAGGCAUCGUCACCCGGCUCUUCUGCAGGCACGGCUAUUACCUCCAGGUCCACCCGGAUGGCAGGAUUGACGGCACCAGAGAGGACACCAACGGGUUUGCUCUCUUCAACCUGAUCCCGGUGGGACUCCGCGUGGUGGCCAUCCAGAGCACGAAGUCGGGGCAGUACGUGGCCAUGAACGCCGAGGGCCACCUCUAUACCUCUGCUCACUUUACCACCGAGUGCCGCUUCAAGGAAUGUGUCUUUGAAAACUAUUACGUGAUGUAUUCCUCCACCCUGUACCGGCAGCGGGAGUCAGGACGGUCGUGGUAUUUGGGCAUCAACAAAGACGGGCAGGUGAUGAAAGGAAAUCGAGUCAAGAAGACCAAAGCCGCCGCCCACUUCCUCCCCAAACUGCUGGAAGUGGCUUUAUAUCGUGAGCCGUCGCUACACAACGUCGUCGAGUCGGUCCUGUCCAAGAAGGCGGAAGAGGAAGAGGAAGAUGCAGCUCCCUUAAAAGAGAUAUCUAAGGCUGAAGCCACGUAACCCUGAGGAGGGGGGGUGCGUCCUCUUUCUCUGCCCCCCACCUCCUCUCCUGUCGCGUGCGUCCCAGGCACACAUGACCCCCACCAAUGGCCGCUCUUCUAGCCACUGUCUGAACAAACCCCCCUCACAUUUCCUCUUUUAUUUCUCAGGAUAUCCCCAACUUUUCUCUCUUGUGUUCAGCCUCUGGGACUUUUAAGACUGUUUGCCAGAAGGGGAAGAUUCACAGACUACGGAGUUUCCUUCUCUUGCAUGAGAAGAAAUUACGAAGAGAGUCUUCUUUCUCAAGCCAUAGGUGCAAUAUGGCAUCCAGCCUCCAGGGGGCAGCAGCCUUGCGAUGCUGUGAAGGGCAGAUGUCCAUCUUUCAAACUGUGAUAAACUCACUGCAGGCUUUCCGGCCAGCUGUCGGGCAGAAAUUGUUGCACCUGUCAGGGAUCCAGUUAACCUAGCAAAACGAUCUAUCCUGUCUUCCAUGCAAGCCAAUUGUUGCAAUACGGUGCUUUGCUUCUGCUAUGCUGAUGACACGAGUUCUAAUCCCACAUCAGGAGGAUUCGGGCCGGGAAGAGGAAAAGGCACGCUUGCACCGAGCAGAGCGGGAAAGCAACGUUCUGUCUCUUGUUCUACAGGGAAAAAAGAUCUUCCAGUUGAUAACUGAUUUUUUUUUUAAAGUAACCUGCUAUACUCUUUUCAGUCCCUGGGGGGCGACAUUGCCCCGUCUGAAAUAUGCAUGGGAGGAAACAAUUUAAUUGCAGACUUUUAUGGAUUUGUGGACAACGGCAGGAGGGGGACGAUGCGAGAUCCCUUGGGAAAGGGGCGACGGAUCCGGCAUUGGUUUAACAGCUCAGGCAUAGGAGUCUUAUCUCUCCUCUUGGCCAUCUCAGGACCUGAAGGGAGGGCGAAAUCUCUCCCAGACUGUAGUCACUUCGGUUGUUGUGGUGGAGCAGUUUUUUAAAAUUGGAAUUGUUUUCCCUCAACUAAGGAAUGCCAAUAUCGAUUCAGAAGAAAAUCAUAUUAUUUCCCAUCCUUUCUGCUGCAGUAAAAAAAAAUGGAGCUCCAAUGCAGGACAGCCGUUUUAUACAUGCGUCCCUUCUGAGCCAGAUUAGGCCCACUCUGGGAAGAGCGCACUCCUGUUUUCAGCCAUUAGGAGCCGACAGUUUCCUUUCAGGAGGGGAGAUGUUUUAUGAGAACAGCGCAGCAGACCGGGAGGACAUUUCCUGUUAUAUGGAAUCCUACUCCUUUUGGCCACUGGACUGGCAACAAUGCAUUUACAGGAGGACACAAGCAACUUCCUAAAACGCGCCAGCUUCCAUCGAAGAAACAGAUCCAUAAAAAUGCAAUACCCAUAUUUGGCCACUGCGUGGCGACACUGUGGAAAAACAGGGCAUCUUGAACUUUGCGCGCAUGUCAAAAGGACCCCCCCUGGUGUGCGGGACUGUGGGGGAGCAAUAGCCACUAGCCAAUAACUCGGGGGAGGGUGCAUGCCAUAAAACUCUGCACCCGUCCCCUACCCUUCUCCCCCCUUCCCAGUAUGCCCAGAUCUGCCAUAUACCAAUCUGUAUAGUAUUUCUACAGGUAAUACAUUUUAAAGGGUGGGGGGAGGGGGUGCCACUGUGAAACGGGACUUGGGAGAGACAUCGUCCUAAUGUUUGUGGGGUGGGCUGGUGAGCUCAGUGGGGGCUCUAGAGAGACCACAGUCCUGGCACACAGGCCCCUUCACAAGGCUCAUGAGUAGACCACCCAGUUGCUCUGCGUUCCAGCCCCAUUCCUGGCCUCUGUCAGGAAUCCUGACCCGCUGCAGUGGGGACGGAGUGACCGUUUUAACUGGCAGUGGGAUUUCUGGCUGAGCCACAGCCCUGGCUAACAGAGCCAAGCCCCGGCAACUCCGAGGUCACGGGGCUCAGGCCCUUCAGUGGCCAUGGUUACCAGGGUCAGCUGACCCACCAGCCCCUUCCUGCAUGGCUGACAGUCUGCAAGAGGAAGCUCUGGGCCAGCCUGAGACAACUGCUGGUCUCAUCCCCCCCCCCUUCCUCCAAGGCCACCUCCCCAGUCCUCUCGGGCCUUCACUGAGCCCGACGCCCAUCUCUGAAGAGCCCCAGGCCCCCUGGCUGCUGGCUUCUUGUGCACACAAACUCCCCCCCCCAUCACUGCUAGACCCCACCCCAGAGAAACCCAGGACUCCUAGCUCAGAGCUCUCCAGCAUGGUGCACCGUGGGUGUCACGGAAAAUUCCAAAGGCGCCCGUGGCUUCAGAAAGAUUGGGGACCCCUGCCCUCGUCAGCAGCCCCCCUGCCCUCCUCCUCUGCCCCUCUUCCCACGUGAGAAGCAGGAAGCCGGGCCUGGCUGCUCCGGAAUGGCUCCCCUCCGGCCUCCGGCUCCAAAUUACCUCAUUCGCUGGCCAGGAACGGAAGGCAAAGGCGGAGAAGCCACGCAGCGGGCCACUACGGUGGGAGCCCACAGACUACCUAGCUCAGCCUCCUCUUGGCAGGACGACACCAGCCGGGGCCAGAGCUGCCCUUCGGGGCAACAGCGCCCCCUCCAAAGCCCACCCAACUGCCCACUUUUCCUUGCCUAAUGGUUACAGGGUUCAUGCGGACUCAGGAAUUCUAUGAGCUGAAACAAACAGUGGGGGCAGAUUAAGAACUGUGGGUCACCAAAUGCCUGGAGGUUGGGGGGUGGAGGGGGGGUCUAGUGAGGAGGGGGGCCUCCAUGGGGUGUAAUGCCCUCAAGGCCGUCCUCCAUUUCCCCCAGGGGCGCUUCUCUCUGUUGUCUGGAGAUCAGUUGGAAUUUGGGGGGGGGGCGUCUCCAGGACCCUCCUGGAGUCAAUGCAUUUUUGCAAGGUGCAACUGGGGGGGGGGAGAGGGGGAUGUGUGGGGGGAGAGGGGGAGGCCGGCUGUUUCUCAGGAAGAUGCACACACCCACCCCUGCCCCUCAAAGCAACCAAGUCAGCACCGGCGCUUUGCAGCCUGGCCCUUCCUUGGUUCAGGGAAAAACAGCUGCCCUCAACCCUUUCCAGGGGGGGUGGGGUCCUAAACCUGGAACACCCCCCGCCCCGUUCCCCAUUUUAGUCAGCAAAAUCACUGGCCCCCAUUCUGAUUUGGGGAGCUGCCCCAAUUAACGUGUCACAGCUACGUGAGCCCCUGUUGACGGCCUGAAUUACCCCCCUCCCUUCUAGCAGAAUCCUGGACGCUAAAACUCAGUAUGUUAUAAGCCAGUGGUGGCGAACCUUUUCGAGCCCAAGCGCCCAAAUUGCAACCCCAAACCCACUUAUUUAUCACAAAGUGCCAACUCGGCAAUUUAAUCUCAAUUCUGAGGU